CAAAACUGGAACCUUUCUUUUUUUUCACUUAGUAGUUAUGGUGGUUCUACUGAACUCACGUCCUUGUUUUGUUCUUAUUCUACUUGCAGCAUUCUCAUGCUUCUCUCUGAGGCUGUGUUUCGGCGAAGACAGAAUCACUUUCUCAACUCCGAUCAAAGACUCAGAGACAAAGACACUUCUCUGCAAAAAGGGUAUUUUCAGGUUUGGUUUCUUCACUCCUGUAAACUCCACUGCUAGGUUACGUUAUGUUGGGAUUUGGUACGACAAGAUUCCAGUUCAAACUGUUGUUUGGGUUGCUAACAAAGACACUCCCAUCCACGACACUUCCGGUGUUGUCUCCAUCUCUGACAACGGAAAUCUCGUGGUUAAGGAUGGUCGAAACCGUCUUAUAUGGUCUACGAACGUCACAGUACCAGUAGCUCCAAAUGAAACUUGGGUUCAGCUAAUGGAAAAUGGGAAUCUUAGGUUACAAGACAACAGAAACAACGGUGAGAUUAUAUGGGAGAGUUUCAAGCAUCCCUAUAGCUCUGUCUUGCCAAGAAUGAGUCUUCUGACCAACAGUAAAACCGGAGAAAACAUUGGUCUUACUUCUUGGAGAAGCCAUACAGAUCCUUCAACAGGGAAUUAUACGGUUGGUCUUGUCGCUUUCCCGUUUCCUGAGCUUCUAAUCAGGAAGAACAAUUCUACACAAUGGCGUAGCGGUCCCUGGAACGGUCAGGUUUUCAUCGGUUUACCGGAUAUGGAUUCUCUUCUCAACAUUGAUGGGUUUAACCUCAACAAUGAUAACCAAGGAACGGUUUCAUUGAGCUAUGCUAAUGAAUCUUUCAUGUAUCACUUCAACUUGGAUCCUAAUGGAGCUAUCUACCAGAGAGAUUGGAGUACUUCUAUGAAUGAUUGGAGAGUCGGUGUUCGGUUCCCAUCUACAGAUUGUGAUGAAUACAGUAGAUGUGGUCCAUAUGGGAGCUGCAAUUACCGGGAAGAUCCACAAUGUAAAUGCGUUAAAGGUUUUGUGCCGAGGAAUAACACAGAGUGGAGUGGUGGAAAUUGGAUUAGUGGAUGUGUUAGAAGAGCUCCAUUAAGGUGUGAAAGACUUAGAAAUGGGACUAAUGGAGGGAAAGAAGAUUGGUUCUUGAAAGUGCAGAAGAUGAAAGUACCGGUGAAUGUGGAAACUUCUUUAGCUAAUGCGCAAGCUUGUCCUAAGGUUUGCUUAAACAACUGCUCUUGCACAGCUUAUGCAUAUGAUCAAGGAAUUGGAUGUAUGCUUUGGAGCGGUAACUUAGUUGAUAUGCAAUCAUUCUUGGGAAGUGGCAUUGAUCUUUAUAUUCGGCUUUCACAUUCUGAACUCAAAGCACAUAGCAAACGAGCAAUAAUGAUCACAACACCUGUUCUAGGCGUUGUGUUUGUUGCUGCGGUCUGUGUUUUGUUAGCAUGUCGGAAACUCAAAAAGCCUCCAGGAGAACCAAAGAAAGAUAGAAGCGUAGAGCAAUUGUUAAAGAGAAUGGAAGAACUUAACCGUGGUGAUGAGGCUACUUCUAACCAAGUUAAGCUAGAGGAGCUUCCUCUCUUUGAGUUUCAAGUGUUAGCUACUGCAACUGAUGACUUCUCUCUUAGAAGCAAGCUGGGACAAGGCGGAUUUGGUCCUGUUUACAAGGGAAAGUUACCUGAAGGGCAAGAAAUUGCAGUGAAGAGGCUCUCACGGGCAUCAGGACAAGGACUUGAGGAGCUUAUGAACGAAGUGGUUGUGAUUUCGAGGUUGCAACAUAGGAAUCUGGUGAAGUUACUUGGCUGUUGCAUUGAAGGUGAAGAAAGGUUGCUAGUCUAUGAAUAUAUGCCAAAGAAAAGCUUGGAUGCAUAUCUAUUUGACCCAUUGAAGCAAAAUAUUCUUGAUUGGAAGACUCGGUUGAACAUAAUGGAAGGAAUUUGCAGAGGUCUUUUGUACCUUCACAGAGAUUCAAGACUAAGGAUCAUACACAGAGAUCUGAAAGCCAGUAACAUUUUGUUAGAUGACAAUCUGAAUCCCAAAAUAUCUGAUUUUGGGCUUGCAAGAGUUUUCAGAGCUAAUGAAGAGGAAGCUAACACAAGAAGGGUUGUAGGAACAUACGGCUAUAUGUCACCUGAAUAUGCAAUGGAAGGUUUGUUUUCAGAAAAGUCAGAUGUUUUCAGUUUGGGGGUUAUACUUUUAGAGAUCAUAAGUGGUAGAAGAAACUCUCACAAGGAAGAGAAUAAUCCAAACCUUUUAGCUUAUGUGUGGAAGCUGUGGAAUGAAGGUGAGGCCGCUUCUCUAGCAGAUUCAACCGUGUUUGAUGAGUCUUUCGAGAAAGAGAUAAGGAAAUGUGUUCAGAUUGGUUUGUUGUGUGUGCAAGAAGUUGCAAACGAUAGACCCAAUGUUUCAACCGUGAUUUGGAUGCUAACCACAGAGAAUAUGAACCUCCCUGAGCCGAAGCAGCCUGCGUUUAUAACAGGAAGAGAAAAGUCUGAGGCUGAAUCUUCUGACCAGAGUAGUCAAAUAGUCUCUGUCAAUGAUGUGAGCCUCACAUCUGUUACAGGGCGUUAAGCUCACAAAGCCAAUCUGAAAUUUUAUAAUUAAAUAGGUUGAAUAAAAUGUGUGGAGUGUUAUAAGUCAAUAUAGACAUUAUGAUAUGUUUUAAAUAAGUUGUAAAGGCUAAAAAUAUGCAAUGUUUAUACAAUAUAUGUUUUGAUAAACUCCUAUGUUUACAAUUUUUGUUAUUCUGCGCAUGGAUUAAAGAAUAAGA